AUGUGUUUGAUAUCGGGUUUCUUUCCAUACUUAGUGGCACGACGUCACAAUACUACCAGGGCUUCCGAAACAGGCUGCAGCCGGCAGUAGAAAGUAGAAAGUGUCGAACCAUAUGAUAACUUCUGAGAAACGCACGUCAACAAGAACUCAACUAACCACGGCCACCUGACGUGUCCACGAUGAAGGUUUUAGAUUUAAAUACGGCGGCCCUGAAGGAUUAUGAAAUGGGUAAUUACGACAACGCCAUAAAGCUGUAUACCACCCUCCUGGAGGACGAACCAGAGUGUUCCUACCACUACGUCAACCGCGCAAAAUGCUACCUGCAACAAGCUAAGUACACCCAAGUCGUGGACGACAUCAGGAAGGCGCUCGACCUCGAUCCAAAGAACAUCGAAGGCGCUAUCACCGGGGGCCGGGCGUCCACCAAACUUGGCAAGUACGAAGACGCAUAUUAUUUUUACAAGGCUGGUCUCGACACUGACUCUAAACAUGCAGUUAUCACGGAAGAUCUGAAGAAACUACAACAGGUCAUCUUGGAGGACUAUGAGAAGAUGGGCGGUGAAACAGACGAACAAGGCUACGACGCUGUUAACUUCUGUGGACAAGACUAUUAUCCCGGGGACGAUGUGUUGCUAAAGAAUGAAUACGAAUCUCUGGAACGGAAGUAUGACAUGGAAAAGGACAUUCCCGCUCCUCAAAUGGAUACUAUAAGGUCAGAGAAAGCGGGGAGGAUUGCUGUGGAGGCACACAAGGCAAUGAUGGCCGGAAAGUUCCCAGAGGCGUUGCAGUUCUUUACCCUUGCAGUGGAGCUGGAACCAACCAAUAGGAUUUUACGACGACUGAGGGCAGAGGUGCGAUUCUUGAACGAAGACCUUGUUGGUGCCAUUCAAGACUUGUGGGUGAUCCCCAAAGGAGAGCGGACGGCAGAUUCAUGGAAAUUGGGAGGUAAAGUAUUGGGUCAGAUAAAUUAUCCAAUAGCGGCAGAGUUUUGGCUGAGGAAGGCAUAUACACUUUCGGGAAAGAAGGACCAAGAAGCUGCAAUUAUAUUCCAGAAGGUGCGGACCAGUCGCAUAUACGGUCCAUUGACCACAGAUUUUCCUAUAAUCGUGGACUUUUCGGGGUACGGCCGUGGUAUAUAUGCUAAGCGUGACAUCCCCGAAGGGGAGAUAAUAUUUGAGGAUUCCCCUGCGGUAUUCGGCCGAGUACUGGUAAAAGAGGUAGACAAAAUGGUGCCUGCCUGCAACUAUUGUUCAACAUCACUCUUGACUGCACGUGGUUACUUUGGAGACAAAUUGGAUACCUUCGACAGUAGCGUGCAAGACCUGGUCGAGAGUCAGUGGCCGGAUGUAACACCUGUUAUGUGCGACAAAUGUAACGUGGUGAAAUUCUGUACGGACACGUGCAAAGAGCGUGCGUGGGAAGAAUACCAUCAACUGCUCUGUCCUGCCAGGUGUGCUGCUGCCAAAACCUUGCACGAGUUGGCUGACAACUAUGGUUAUGGAUACAACGAGAAGGACGAGAAAGUCAAUCUGUGGAUGGCUUCGUUCAGUCCAGUUAUACUGGCACGGAUGUGGGCACAGAUAGUGAUAGCGGCCAAAAAGCUGAUGAAGAAGGAUGGCUGUACGGAACCCACACUGGAGCAUUGGGCCAAGGCAAAAGCCCCCUUCAGGAAAUUCAUUGCGUUCGGCGCAGGUGACGUUGCAGCCAAGAUGUCAACGGUCCUACAGUUGUAUCGCGACAUCUUCAGCGACUGUGGUGACGGCGUCAAGUACGAGAUUUCGGAAGCCGAGUUCACGGGACGGUAUUUUCAGGCGUCGUGUAAUCUCCAAAGUUUCUCCUUCCCAGUUACGCCCCACCACCAGUUCCUCAACCGUCUUUCUAACGUUGACACUCAGGAUAUGAGGGCUCUAGCUCUGCUGAAACCUCUCGAGGCUAAGGUACCCACAGCAGACUUUUGUGGUAUUUUCCCUCUCCACGCGUGUCUGAAUCAUUCGUGCAUGAACAACGUCGAGGUAUGCGACGGCUACGUCAAUGACCGUGGCGGCGUGAUAGUUCGCGCCAAAAGAGACAUCACGAAAGGAGAAGAGUUAUACACGACUUACAUCGACACGUCAAUGACCCGAAAACUUAGGAGGGCGUGGCUUUACAAAUCAUUCAACUUCUGGUGUCAUUGCCCGCGCUGUAUGCACGAAGGGGAUGACUCCUAUGACUGCACGAAAUGUCACAAAAAAGCCACAAACGAUGAGGCGUUCAGGGGAUGUGGUAACUGUAAAAAAGCAUGGUACUGUUCAGUAGACUGCCAACGUAAGGCGUGGAACCAUGGGCACAAGGAAAUAUGUCAAGCCAAGCACUCCGACACCUCAUGAAGCCACUAACCAGUCAAGACAUCUGUAUAGACUGCAGCUCUCCGAAUAACCUUAGGCAUUCGGAACACUCCACAAAACAUAAGUACCAUUUAACACCACAGGUGGUGGCGUGGUUUCAACCAUUCACAACAAAAUCGUGAGGAUACCCUAGUGUGUUAUAUGAAGGUAGUGAAUGAUAGUAUGUAAAACGUCCAAGUGUGUGUAUGGAGGAGUAUGCUUAGGGGUAGUAGAGAGAGAAUGAUGUGUCAACACUAUCUAGAAAAGUGUACGCCUAUCUGCUCGUAACCAACGUCUGAUAGUGAUGAUACUAGUAGUUGUCCCGAAGUCCGCUGGGACGACAUUGCUAUACUUGGUCAAAUGUGGAAAAGCGUGGGGCAAUUAUAUGAUCAUGAAUAGGACCACUUAGGUUUUUGAAUGAUCAUUGACUCCCGAUUUGUUUUACCAUCCGAACAUCUUCUGACUUUUUAAUAUUUGAGAAUCCUUGUGUUAUGAUAUUUAAGCUACAUAGGUUUCCAACCAGGCGAGCUAAACAGGCCCAUCGGGAUUCUUAAACCUAUGGCGGUGUGUGAGAGUGAUUAUCAUAUUACCUUGUAUAAACGUUGACCCAUUUGGUGCAGUAACGAGGAUUAUUUUGACAUGGUGCUAUAUUUUGGGUACAAUUUAAUUUUGUACGAGAUACAAAAUUAUUAAUGUCAUAUUAACGAUAAAGUCACACUAGUGACGAAUCCAUUUGUAUGUUCCGAUUACACGAAACCAUGAGUUUUAUAUGUAUUUUGUUUAAUACGUUGUAUAUUAGAUGUGCUCACCAAUAUCCCAGAGUGACGUAUAAUGUUUUGCUCACUAUAGCCAGUGGCUAAUGAACCCUUCAGAUAAGGAAAACGACUUACCCAGCUAAUCAAAUCACGUCAUCUUUCGGGUUAACGCAACAAACCAUGACAGUAUUUUGUACACACCUAUAUAUUUUGUUUUUGUAUUGGUCAUUUUUAUGACUUGUUUGUCCCCCUUUUCCUCUUCCCAAUCAUUCCAGAUUUACACUAGUCCCCCGCGUGAUUUCUGUUACCUCGUUUUUAAUGAACACAAAUGGCAACUCUUUUAUAAAAUAUUUUGAUGAUUUACUAUAAAGAGUAGAAGAGUUCUUGAGAGUUCUUGCACAAGGUGUUAUUGGCGUCUGUAUGGAGUUAAUGUAUUUUACUAGCAGUAGUAUUAAGCCGCCUUCUGGUUGGGCCAUUACAGUGACCUGGUCCUAUAAACGAAUUCACUGGAGGAAACUAUACCUACCGACUGUAGACCAUGAUUAAGUGACCCGGGCUUUAACACAAUAACUAACAUUCUUAAUUCGUUUCCUCUUUUUGGAAUCCUGGGAAGGUACUAUUGUUAUAUAAAAUGUAUUUACAGAAUGCCACUCGGUACCAUGUAUCGCAAUCAUUUCUUUUUAACAUUUAGCUGUCUGGUUCCGAAAAAGCUUCCAAGCAAAUUAAUAUGAAAGGCCUUCAACAUUGAUAAUAAGUUUGGAUAAAGGAAAUGUCGUUUUUAACUCGAGUAUAUAAAAUUGAAAACAGUGUAAAACCUAGAUAUGAUUUAAAAGUUGGAAUUGCAAAAAUAUGGAUUUUAAUUCCAUAAAAUGUGUGUAUGUUUCUCUAAAGUGUUUUACAAGAGAAAAGUCCCUGGUUUUCAUCAUUUAGCCAGAUAUAGGACGAUUCUGGAAUAUUAAAUGGCUUAUUCAGAGAUGCAAACAAUCAAAGUCCAAUUAUUUCCUAAGUACGCACGGGUAUACAAGACAAUUUUCAAAUGGUUAAUGAAACGAUCCGUUUACAGAGUUGUGGCGGUACCUUACACCGUUUACAGAGUUGUGGCGGUACCCUACACCGUUUACAGAGUUGUGACGGUACCCUACACCGUUUAUAGAGUUGUGGCGGUACCCUACACCGUUUACAUAGUUGUGGUGGUACCCUACACCGUUUACAGAGCUGUGACGGUACCCUACACCGUUUACAGAGUUGUGACGGUACCCUACACCGUUUAUAGAGUUGUGGCGGUACCCUACACCGUUUAUAGAGUUGUGGCGGUACCCUACACCGUUUACAGAGUUGUGACCGUAUCCUACACCGUUUAUAGAGUUGUGGUGGUACCCUACACCGUUUAUAGAGUUGUGGCGGUACCCUACACCGUUUAUAGAGUUGUGGCGGUACCCUACACCGUUUACAGAGUUGUGGUGGUACCCUACACCGUUUACAGAGUUGUGGCGGUACCCUACACCGUUUACAGAGUUGUGACGGUACCCUACACCGUUUACAGAGUUGUGACGGUACCCUACACCGUUUAUAGAGUUGUGGUGGUACCCUACACCGUUUACAGAGUUGUGACGGUACCCUACACCGUUUAUAGAGUUGUGGUGGUACCCUACACCGUUUAUAGAGUUGUGACGGUACCCUACACCGUUUACAGAGUUGUGGUGGUACCCUACACCGUUUAUAGAGUUGUGGUGGUACCCUACACCGUUUACAGAGUUGUGACGGUACCCUACACCGUUUACAGAGUUGUGACGGUACCCUACACCGUUUACAGAGUUGUGACGGUACCCUACACCGUUUACAGAGUUGUGGCGGUACCCUACACCGUUUACAGAGUUGUGACGGUACCCUACACCGUUUACAGAGCUGUGGUGGUACCCUACACCGUUUACAGAGUUGUGACGGUACCCUACACUGUUUAUAGAGUUGUGGCGGUACCCUACACCGUUUACAGAGUUGUGGCGGUACCCUACACCGUUUACAGAGAUGUGGCGGUACCCUACACCGUUUACAGAGUUGUGACGGUACCCUACACCGUUUAUAGAGUUGUAGCGGUACCCUACACCGUUUACAGAGUUGUGACGGUACCCUACACCGUUUAUAGAGUUGUGGCGGUACCCUACACCGUUUAUAGAGUUGUGGUGGUACCCUACACCGUUUAUAGAGUUGUGGUGGUACCCUACACCGUU